AUGCCUCCGUUGGUCAAGAUCUGCGGUUUGCGGUCUACCGAGGCCGCACAGAAAGCAAUAGACUCCGGGGCUGAUAUGCUAGGAGUCAUCAUGGUGCCCAAUAGGAAGCGGACGGUUUCCCCCGGCGUGGCGCUAGAAAUUGCGAAAGCAUGCAAGAAAAAGAGAAAGGAGUUGGGGCGGCAGUUCCAGACUGCGGGCGAACUCACCACGCACUUGAGCUCGCAGAAGUUUGCGUCACACAUCGAGUACUUCGAAGCGGCGGCCCGGCUCGUGCAUGAAAACGGUCCGUUUUUGGUGGGCGUGUUCCGCAACCAGGGUAUCGAAGAUGUGUUUGGGCUUGCGCGUGACUGCGCUGUGGACAUCAUCCAGCUCCACGGCAGCGAAGAAGCGCAGGGGUAUUUGCGAUACAACGACACCCACGGGUUUGGCAUCAUCAAGCGGUAUGUGAUCCCCGACCACGUGGACCUCAUGGCGCAGUUCUUCCCCCACAUUGCGAGGGCCGAGCGCGGGUUUCUUCUCCCGCUUCUUGACUCCGAGGCUGGCGGCGAGGGCAAGACCAUCGAAUGGCCGCUUAUAAACGGGCUAGAUGGACGGUUUCUCCUUGCGGGAGGACUUGACCCCAGCAACGUGGCGGAAACGAGACCGUUUUUGAGAAACGUGGUGGGGUUCGAUGUCAGUGGCGGCGUGGAGGACGGCGACGGGCAGAAGAACAUGGCCAAGAUCGAGGCGUUUGUGGCGAACGCCAAGCAGAUGUAG